AUGCAAAAAAUUAUUUUAGUUAUAUGCUUAAUUUUAUCAUUGGUAUUUAUUUCUUAUGGAGAACAAACUUCGAGCGCAAAAUGUUACAUGAGACUCGAUGAUUGUGAAAAGAUGAGAAAGGCUAGAGAAAAAUCAAUUGCUGAUGGAUCAAUUAAUCAUAUGCCAGCUCAAGGACGUCAAUUAUUUGAGGAAAUCUAUGCAAACAACUGUCCAAAAGCUUAA